UCUGAUAGGGGCUUUAGUUUUUGUCAAGCCGACUUAAAGAAAGAUAGCAUGACUAUGUCAAACUUGCUUCGAGGUACAGCCUUCUGGUCUUUGUCAUACAGCCCUUACAGAUCCUGUUUUUUUCUUGUCUCAUUGUCCUGUUUAAAAAAAACAACAACAAUUGUCCUAUGUUUAAACCAAAUGUCCGACACCUGCACUCUGGAUUGAUGUGGGCUCUUAUCGGAUGUCCCAAUAAUGAAAGAGGUAACUAUAUGAACAGUCUUCUACAGCUCACACUGAUUAAGCAGUGGAAUAUGUGGAGUAUCUGCAUCAUGUGGGUUAACUGAUGCCACCCAACUAGUAUUACUGUCAACAGUAUCUGGGUCAUUCUAGAAUUGGAGAACAUUUGGGCUUCAACAUUUCUGAAUAAUAAACCUUCUGUUUUACGGUUUUCUGCUCCAUAUUCAUCAACAAUAGGUAGUCUAUUAUCAAAGGCUUGAUUGGCUCAGCUUACACAUCAAUCGUACCAUUUUUAUUCCACGUUUCAUUUCACUCGAAUCACAGUAACAGGGUCGCUAAUCCAUGCUAAUGUUAGUUUUUCUCAGGAGUAGAAGCUAGAUAUUUAGCUAGCUGUUACUGCUGACCAAGAGGACAAACUUACUGAUGGAAAACGGUAAAGAAAAGUACAAAUAAUUUGUCUUAUCCUGAAAAUAUGAUUAACAUGGUUGUGUGAGGUAAAGUGAGGCAUGCAAAUGUGGGCUGACAAUGUUGUGAAAAUAUGAAAACUAGAAGAGAGGACAUAGCUUUGCUCCAGCCAUUCUUUCGGGAAACUGUUUGACGAUACCAGCCAAAAAUGCUAACAGCUGUGUGCAUGUUGUGGGACACACGUUCAUGCAUAAUAAUUAUGAUUUAAAGUAUGUUUGAUGAUUUCAAAAAUAUUCCCACCAUUACAAGAAACGUCAAUGAAAAAAAUAAUCCCAAAAAAGGACAUUUAAAUUUUAACUGUUUUGAGAUUCAAUUUGGUCAUCAGGGGGUGGGACAAGAGAAAAUGGCAUUAUAGGGGGAACUCCAGACUUAUUUGGUAUUUUAAAAAUAUUAUCAAACAUUGUUUUCUCUUGUUUUUUGUUUUUUUCCCGUUUGGUGUCAUGACAAGUGAAUUUACACAACUGCAUGUUUUAGUAUUUUGUACAUGGUUUAUUUGAAAUUUGAUGCGUUGGACAUAAAAUGUUCUCCAUUUCUGAAAUGAUUCAUAUUUAGUUACAUACUCACGCACAUCAACCCAUCAAUAGUUAACUUGAAGUCAUUAUAAUUGAGGAGACUUCAUUCAUUUAGCUGUUUUCCAUUUUUAAAGACAAAAAAAUUCACGAACAAAGGCAGUCGGUACACUAGGUACACGUUUUAAAUAAAGUUCGCUUUAAAAAAACGGAAGAUGAUUAAAAAGGAGGAAGAAGGUGGAUGAGGAACGAGACGGGAUCCGCCAUCUUCGUGAGGUCAGAAUCAACAGUGCAGGGAUGCCAAGACAUUGUUCAGCAGGUGGUUGCAAAUCUAGGGACAACCGUGAGACUCGAAAUGCUGGUAUCACCUUUCACAAGUUACCAAAAGGAGCAACGCGGAGAAAGCUGUGGAUCACUAACUCCCACCGUGCAGACUCCUGGGAUCCUCAGACGGAUUUUGUCUACUUUUGUUCCAAGCACUUCACAGCUGAGAGCUUUGAACUGACUGGAUGCAGUGGGAUCAAAAGAUUAAAGGAAGAUGCCUUCCCUACAGUAUUUGAUUUCUCCUCAGCAGCCAAAUGCAAAAGAGCAGGAGCUCUGCAGAAACAAGACAUUCCUGUCAGGAAGAAUUCCUGCUCUGGUGAACAGCAGAGCAUUCAGCAGGAGAACAACCAAGCUGAAGAAGAACCUGCAGUUCAGAGGUCAGUAGAAGCAGACGAAGAGACGAACGAAAACAUACUUGAACAUUCUCAAGAGUCAGGGACGGAGCAGCCCUCACAGCAAGGACAUAAUUCUUUGCCACCUGAAGCCCGUCCGAUUUCUCCAUCACAUUACAUGAGGCGUCUACCCCCUCCUCCCGGCUUCUAUCUGUCAAAGGAGCACAGCUAUGCUCAACUCUGCCCCCUGUUGUGGAGGAGACGUUACGACCAGGCUGUUGACUGCCUGGAAAAGGCCUUACGUCAACUGAAUGCAGCCAGACGGAGAGAAAACCGUCUACGGGGCGCUGUACUACGGCUCCGUGAAAAACGACUGAACCACACACUUGUUGUGUCACGAGCUGGUUGGAAAAGCAGGGGAAGCUGGACAUCUGGCAGAGAGAAAAUACAAUGUAGAAGACAUUCUGACCAAGAGGAGAGUGAGACUGAUGCUGAAUCUGAGAAUACAGGGUUGUUUGUCGACAAGUAUGUGAAUCAGCUGGAGUUGGGGUGUCAAUUUCUCCCAGAUACAAGCAGCUGGUCUGAGGUGGACAAAGCAUACUGCUUUUACUGUGGAAGAGGGGAGAUGCAGAUUGACGACCAGGUAGCAUGUAGAGAUUCAAACACGUUCAACGAUGUGCAGUCCACAGAGCAUAAUGACUCCAUGAAGAGUCAGAGAAGUGUUGAAAGUAGUGCUUGCAGCUCAGCUCAAAAUGCUAAAGAUGUACAGACUGUCAGGCUGGAAACACAACCUAGGAAAAAUGUAGAAACUAGUGACACAUCUGUAACAGAAUCCCAAGUCAUGUCCCAAAAUCCAGGUCAUCAGCAUGUGAUCCCUGCUGGGAUGUCUCUACCUGAUACUCAUGAGCAGAGUUUGCAUUUUGUAGGCGCUCAGCAGAAGCUGGUAGUCUCUGACACGUGUGAAGGUGAUUCUGAAGGGAUGGGUCUGGAGCAUCAGCUGGACCUGCAGCAGCAGCAGGUAUUUUGGAUACAGGACAGUGCUGAAGGACAGGUCAUUCUGGUGCCUCUCCUUACAGAAGAUGGAUCACAAAGCUUUUUGAAGAUGGAGGGGUUUGCUGAUAAAGCACAAGCAAGACUGGUGCCGGGAGUGGGUCAGUCUGGAGAUGAAAUAACAUGUGAUGAUGAACACAGUGACCAAUAUUCUGUUAUCAACAGUACAUCAGUGGAAAUGAAAGAAGAUGUCAGGAUAAAACUUAAAGAACACCUAGAGGGAUUUCAUCUUCAGCUGAGCACAGAGUUCAGAAACUGAUUUCCUGACCGUAGAUUUAAUAACUGAGUGGACUAUUCUGUAUGUAGUGUAGACCUAAUACUGCUACAUCAUUGUCCAAAGAACUAUUAGAGAGCCACAUCUGAAACACAGAUAAAAUCUUCCUUUAAUACCAUGAGCUCACACAAUGUAUUUUAUUUGAACUGAAUCCCACUUGCACCGUUCUUCUCCCGAAAUACCCUCUAGAACACCAAAUUUGGAUCAGUCUGCUGCUGAAAAUAGUUCCUAACAAAUGCACUGUUCAUUUCUGUUUAUUCAUCAAAAAUGGCAGUGACCUGCUGUUUUAGGGAAACACUGAGCCAUUUUAAAUGAUGCAAUCUAUUUCUGAUGUGUUGGAAUAGAUUUACGUAGGGUCCAGUGGGUUUGGAGUUCAGAAUCAGAACAGGCAAGGAAAUCAGUGUGCAUUGUGGAUUUUAGUCUAUUAAUGAGACUUUCUGGCAUUUUAAAAGAAAAAAAAUACACACCAGAAUAAACCUUUAACAUUUAAAGAAUAAAAAUGAUCACAGAUACAACUGGUAUCAGUAACAGGACAUUUCUAUGUAAAGUCAUAUCUGCAUACUGUCCAUUAUUUGUAGUGUUAAUAAACCAUUCAUUUAUCAAGUGAACAAACCUGAUUUGAUAAUGGCAGACAGGGACAGUUUUCUGUACUGAUAUAGCUCUAAUGUCCAGUACACACUGAAUAAAGAAUUGAUCUCAUUGCCA